AAAAAAAAAAAAGUGAAAAGAAAAGUGCCACGACUCCAGAGAGUUUGCAGCAGAAGCCCGUGCCGGCUCAGUGAGCGAGACAGAAGCGCAGCGCUGCUCCCACUGGGUGACAUUGUGCAGCCGCAUCCCUAUCAGCCUUCUCUCUCCUCAGUGUAUAGACAUCAAAGGGAAAAUCCAAAGAUGGAUUUGUAUGAUCCGCAGACCAUGAGCCUCAUGGUGUUUGGUGGCUUUAUGGUGGUUUCUGCUAUUGGAAUCUUUCUAGUGUCAACUUUUUCAAUGAAAGAGACAUCCUAUGAAGAAGCAUUGGCCAAGCAGCGCAAGGAAAGUGAGAAGAACCAGCAGCCCAAAUUUGAUAAGAAAAAGAAAGAAAAGCUGCCAGAGAGAAAAGGGAAAGCUAAAAAGAAGGAUGAAAAACCCAAUGGAAAAAUACCUGAACAUGAACCUAAUCAGGAAUCUGAUGGGCAGGAGCUAAUUCUGGAGAAGACACCAGUACCUGUUGAAGUACCAAUUGUGCCUGUUGUAGCUCCAAUUCCUGAAAAAUCUGCACCAGUUAGUAAGAAAUCUGCAUCAAGUCCUGUCAAAUCUGCUCCAGGUCCAGAAAAAGCUUCUCCAGGUUCUGUCAAAUCUGCUCCAGUUCCAGCAAAGGCUGCUCCAGUUCCAGCAAAGGCUGCUCCAGUUCCAACAAAGGCUGCUCCAGUUCCAGCAAAGGCUGCUCCAGUUCCAGCAAAGGCUGCUCCAGUUCCAGCAAAGGCUGCUCCAGUUCCAACAAAGGCUGCUCCAGUUCCAGCAAAGGCUGCUCCAGUUCCAGCAAAGGCUGCUCCAGUUCCAGCAAAGGCUGCUCCAGUUCCAGCAAAGGCUGCUCCAGUUCCAGCAAAGGCUGCUCCAGUUCCAGCAAAGGUUGCUCCAGUUCCCGAGAAAUCUGCUUCAGUUCCUGAGACAUCUGCUCUAUCUCCUAAAGACAAAAAGAAAAAGCCUGAAAAGAAGGUCCUUAAGGUUGAACCAUCCCCAAGUCCAGCUGUGACUCUCACCUCUAAGCACGUGCCAGUUUUAGAUGAACCUACCAAAGAAGUGCCUGUCAUUGCAGUAUCUCCUGUUGGAUCACGGCCUGGAUCCGCUAUAGUAAACCAAGAAGACUCCAAACAGGAGGCAGUUUCAAAGAAAAAGAGUGCCCCUAAGAAAAAAACUGAACCAAGUGCAGAGGAAUGUGAAGGUGCCCUUUAUAUUCCUUACAAGACCCUGAGUUCUACCAUCCGAGCAACGUCUUUUAGCAAAGGAGAAGCUCAGAACCUGUUUGAAAUACUGGCAGAAAAAUAUGGCAUCAUGCAGGAUACUUGGCAAACGGCAACUCCAAAAGGAGAUCCAGUGACCGCUCUUAAACGAGUGGUGGAGGAGAAGGAGAAGUUACUGUUGGCCCAGCAUGAAAAGACCAACUCUUAUAAGGAAAAGCUUGUGGAAGUCAACAAGGAAUUGCAGAGCGAGAAGUCCAAGGCUAUUAAGGAGCAGUCCAAGUUUAAGGAGCAGCUUGUGACACGGGAACAGGAGAUCCGUGCAUUGCAAGCCCGCAUGCAGGCCAGCUAUCAGGACCAAGUAAAUGAGACUCAGCAGCUGCAAACCAAGGUUAGGUCCCUGCAAGAUGAAAUCGAGAAUGGCCCCAAGGCACAGCUUACUCGCCUGCAGCAGGAGAAUUCUAUCCUUCGAGAUGCCUUAAACCAGGCCACAAGCCAGACAGAGAGCAAACAAAAUGCAGAGUUGGCUAAACUACGCCAAGAGUGCAGCAAAAUCUCUAAAGAGCUUACUGAGAAAUCUGAGUCCUUGCAGCAAGAGGAACAACGUAGAAAGUCCCUUGAUGGUAAAAUAGCCACCUACGAGAAACAAAUCACUCAGCUGCAGACAUUACAGCAAGACGGUGAAGUCACAUUACAAAAGAGAUUAGAUGAAGUGAAUGAGGAACUGCGCAAGUCUCAGAGCACUUAUCAGAGUUUACUGGCAGACACAGAAAAGGCCAAUGCAGAACAGAAGAACCAUGCAGAACUUCAAAUUAAAUUGCAGUGCUAUGAAGCAGAAGGUAAGCAGAAAUCAGAAGAGCUGGAUAAACUGAACAAACAGCUUCAGGAGACUACAGGAGAAAAUACCCAGCUUUUAGAGAGGAUAAAAUCUAUAGAGGCACUGCUGGAGGCAGGGCAGAACAAAGAUGCUGAUAAAGAAAAGCAGCAGCAGCAGGAAGCAAGAGAAGGUGAAAUUGCACAACUACAGGCCAGGCUUCAAGAAAAAGAUUCACAGAUUGCAUCCAUACAAAAGGAAGCUGCUGAAUUAAAAGAAGCGGUUGAGCAGCAGAAAAAUAAAAACAAUGAUUUACGGGAGAAGAACUGGCAAGCCAUGGAAGCACUGGGCCUGGCAGAAAAGACAUGCGAGGAGAAACUGAACUCAGAAAAAAAGGCAAAGGAAGAGAUGGUACAACAACUCAGUGCAGUACAGUCACAGACAAAAGAAACACUGCAGUCAGUACUUCCACAGAUCACUAUAGUGUCACAACAGUCGUACAGUGAAUGGUUACAGGAGUUCAGAGAGAGGACGUCACAAUUACUCAGCCAGCAGACAGAGAAAGAGGGCUCUUCGGAAUUACAACUUCAAUUAAAACAAGCAGAAGAUUCACAGAGCGAUUUACAGGUCGAAUGUGAAAAGUACAGAACCAUCCUUGGACAAACAGAAGCAAUGCUUAAAGCUCUUCAAAAUAGUGUUGAAGAAGAGGAGCAAGUAUGGAAGGCAAAAUUCUCAUCAUCGGAGGAAGAACUCAGAAAGUCACAUUCUCAGGUCAAAACACUAGAAGAAACUGUGGAAAAAUUAAGGUCAGAUCUUCAAAGCACAGAGCAGCUUAAAGAGUGUGUAUCUCUGAUGGAGGCACAGCUGGAGACCCAGAUGAAUGCAAAAAGCACAGAAUGCCAGACAUACUCAAAUGAAAUAGAGAGUUUGCAGCAACUUUUAUCAGAAUCUCGGGAACAUCUAGAUGCUACCAAAGCAGAAGCAAGGAAGCAAAGCAUAGAAUUGUCUGUGCUCCGGCAACAACUCGGUGAAAUGCUAAAUCAUGUAAAUGAUACUGAAAAACAUGGUACAGAAGAACACCAGACUUCACAGAACAAGGAAGUACCAAAGACAAAUCUUCAAGAUCAGAGCACUUUAGCAGAAAUGCAAGAGCAGAAAUCACUGCAUAGUUUGCAGGAAGAACUGGAAAAGUUAAAAUCAAGGGAAGAGCCAUCUUCUGGAACGGAAGAAGUGCAGCAGAUCAAGAAAAGAUUUGAGAAGGAAAAAAAACUAACACGGGACUUAGGUCAAGCAUCAACCAAACUGUUACAGCUUUUGAAGGCUUCUCAGGAAGAACUAGCUAAGGAAAAAGAACAAAAUAAAGUCCUGAAAAAACAACUUCAACUGACGGGAGAAGAACACGAUUCCAACAAUGGGACAUCAGUUUGACACCAAGUUUUCUCUUUUACCCAAAUGCCUUAAACAUUCUUUCCUUAAAAAUUAAAAUAACCUUCUAGUGAGCCAAAACACAUCAGAAACACAAGUAAGGAGUAACAUUCUAUACUUUUAUAUAUAUAUGAACAAAGUACUUUACAUUUUGACUAUAAAAAGCAGAUGAGAAGAGCACAAGAAUGUGUGUGAGCAAGUCAAUUCCACAAACCCUAUGGAACGUGGGUGUUAUACAAAGGGAAAGACUCUGUUGUGUACAAGAAACAGUACAAUCUCUUAAUUGUUUGUCUUUUGAGUGAUGAACAGAAGCCAAGAAGUGAUUAUGAAGAUGCCUAAUGUAUUGGAACUGGUCUCCAGUAUAAAACCAUGUGAAUUGUUUGAUUCCUAAAUGCCAUUAAAAUGAAGAUGUGUCUAAA